UCUUCUGUAGAGGGUGCAAACUGACAUUUAGGUAGGCUUAGGGGAUCUCUAACUGCAUGGGAGGCAGGAGAGCAGCGCAGCUUCCCGUGGCCGCCGCCGGUCGCUGAGGGCAGCAGGCUGGGAAGUCCGCUCGCCCGCAGACACCGAAGCGACCGCCUUCUUCUGCCGCCGCCGCCGUGCGUUUCGGGGGACGAGGACGAGGCGGAAAGAGGGAACUGAAAGUAACGAGGGCUGACAGCUUGGAGAGAGACGGAGGCUCCAACAACCGCCUCGCCUCCGCUGGGAAGCGGGCGCCGACGGGCGGAGUAACCGCUGCUGCCUUCCGACGCCUGGCAAUGGAAACGAAAGGUAGCUCCCCUGGCCCUGGGGGUGACUCCGGGCUGCCCUCCGUUCGGCUCUGGGGGACGGCUUGAGAAGGAGCCUCCUCUUCGCCUUCUCCCUCCAGAGUGGAGGAGCCCCCGUUCCUUCUCCGCGCCUGCCUCGUCUCCUUUCGGCCGCCGCCUGCCCCUGCUUUGGACGGGGGCGCGUUGAGCCAGCCUGGCAGCAGGGGAGGCAGCUGCCGCCACCGCCCCGCCGUGUCUGAGCCCAUCGUCGUGGUGCUCCGCGUUGCUGUUUCUCUCCACUAUCCUUGGAGAUGAGAAGGAAGAAGUGGCGGCUCCUGCUCGGGCUGAGACUGGCAGCUGGGGAUAAGCCCAGAUAAAGAGACGGGGAACCCCACGCGUCUGCGUCGGUCCUUCAUUGGCAGCAGGCAGCCCUCGGACCGAGGUCGUUGCGGUCUGGCUUUGGAGCCAACAGCGGGUGCGAUGGCCGUGGACUAGGGGACAGACUGCCUUCGGUGUCGCCAAUAUCUGACGAAAUAAUUUCUGCUUCCGAGCUGGACCUGAGGGGUGAAGCUUCUAUUAGGGACCAAACGUCGACUCUUGUGACUCGAGGGCACACACGUCUUGAUGUAGAGGAGCAGCAGGAGGCGAUCCGAAAUAUAGUGUGGCUUGUGACUGAGGAAGACCACCUUGCCUCUAGACCUGGCAAUCGACUCCUAAAGAAGGGGUGGAUAGGAUAAGCAGGCUAUUUCUCUUGUCAAAUAAAGAUGAAGAGUAGCUUCUCAGGCCCUGUAUACAUUUUUCCUCCCAGGAAUGGGACUUGAUGUAAUACAGAGCAAUAUAUUUUGUGCUUAGGAAAGCUUGGAGGGAAAUAAUAAUAAUUCUUGUAAUUUAGAACAGCAAGAAGAAAAAUAACGGAGGACCUAGUGAGGUGCUCGUAAGAAAUCCUUGACAGAAAUUGGAUAUUAUGGAUGGUUUCUCAGCAGAUGGACUUGGAUCAGGAUCCACGUGCUUGAAAGAAUCGAUAGGAUUUCUUUUAUAUUUGUAGAAUUGUCUGCACUGUAACAAACCUUUGUGAAAAGAAGCAACUGAGCUACAGAAUUGCUUGUUUCUGCUGCUGAACUCAGAGCUCCUUAAAGAUUGGAUGUGAAAAACACACUGGGCAAUUUAAGUAAAAGGCACAAUGUUUCAAAAUUAUUUUCAAGUUUUAUGACUGGGCAGAAAGUGAUUUAUAUUUUAAUUUUUCUAGUUCCUCUUUUGUUAUAUGAUUAUGUAGUUCUAAAGGCUUAUUUUCACUUUUUAAAUUUAGUUAUAAAAACGGGAAGACUGCUUACUACAUCUGGAAUAGUAGAUAACUGGGUAUUGUAUAGAGCUGUGGUAAACUUUUAAAAUUAAAAUAACCAGUAGUGGCUUCUGAGAAAGUUUCAUUUGAACAAGAUCAACUUGGGGAACUGUUCCCCCUCCUACUUCUCCCUUGAUGACUCCCACUUCUGGUGGUGGAGGGCCCAUGAAAGACUGUGAAUACAGUCAGAUCAGCACUCACAGCUCCUCUUCUCCCAUGGAGUCUCCCCAUAAAAAAAAGAAAACAGCUUCUAAGAGAAAAUGGGAGGUUUUCCCUGGAAGAAACAAAUUCUUUUGCAAUGGAAGGAUCAUGAUGGCUCGCCAGACUGGAGUCUUCUACCUGACACUUCUUCUUAUCUUGGUUACAAGUGGACUCUUCUUUGCCUUUGACUGUCCAUAUUUAUCAGAUCAUAUUACACCUGCUAUUCCUGCAGUAGGCGCAGUUCUGUUCUUUUUUGUGAUGGGGACUUUGCUACGUACUAGUUUCAGUGAUCCUGGAGUCCUGCCCCGUGCAACACCAGAUGAAGCAGCAGAUCUGGAAAGACAAAUAGGUAACACAGAAGAUAUUGCAAAUGGUUCCAGUUCAGGAGGAUACCGUCCACCUCCCAGAACGAAAGAAGUAGUAAUAAAUGGACAGACAGUAAAAUUGAAAUACUGUUUUACUUGCAAGAUUUUCCGCCCACCUCGUGCCUCACAUUGCAGCCUUUGUGAUAACUGUGUAGAACGGUUUGAUCACCACUGUCCCUGGGUAGGCAACUGUGUGGGGAAAAGAAACUACAGAUUUUUUUAUAUGUUUAUUUUAUCUCUAUCCUUUCUGACAGUUUUUAUAUUUGCAUUCGUUAUCACCCACGUCAUCCAUCGAUCUCAGAAAACAGGGUUCUUAAGUGCACUCAAGGACAGUCCUGCAAGUGUGCUGGAAGCUGUGGUCUGUUUCUUCUCCGUUUGGUCCAUUGUUGGGCUCUCAGGUUUUCAUACUUAUUUGAUCAGCUCCAAUCAAACAACAAAUGAAGAUAUUAAAGGAUCUUGGUCCAAUAAAAGAAGUAAAGAAAACUACAAUCCAUACAGCUAUGGCAAUAUUCUCACAAACUGUUGUUCUGCACUUUGUGGGCCCCUCUCUCCCAGUUUGAUUGACAGAAGAGGAUUUAUACAGCCAGAUACUCCACAGCCAGCAGUACCCUCAAAUGGCAUUACAAUGUAUGGGGCAACACAGUCUCAGAGUAAUAUGUGUGAUCAAGAUCAGUGCAUUCAGAGCACCAAAUUCGUUUUGCAGGCUGCUGCCACACCACUGCUCCAGAGUGAGCCCAGCAUUACUAGUGAAGAGCUAUCUUUGCCAGGAAAUACCACUAUCAGUGCUCCCUGUGCCGUGUUGACACUUGGGCAACCGACUCCACCCUCCUCCAUGCCAAAUCUCACAUCAGAAACAGGUUUGUCAGACAUGAUACCAUUGCAGGAAGAUCCAGAAAAUCAUCAGUUUCUUACUCCCGAAGAAGCUCCAUCACCCCCUGGAAUGUUGCCAUUGGAGAGUCCUAUGACACAUAGCCAUACCGUGCAUGUCCUCAGCCUAGCCAGCCAAGACUCAUUGCACGAGGACUCAGUACGUGGCCUUGUGAAACUCAGCUCAGUCUGAACAAUUUUAAAUAUGACUCUCAUUAUACAGACUUUAUUUACCAACAAUAACAGAUUUGGAACACCACUUUUAGACUCUGUGGCAUGCACAUGUAACUGAAACUUCACUGAAGGAUUCUACGAAAUGGACAAAUUAUUUUUGUGUAAUGGAAUUACGAUAUUCUUUAGUAGUAUUGGUGGCUUGGAAUGAGUGACCACAGUGUUGUCUGAAUGAAAACCAAAAUGUACAUUGAUUCUGACCAGUAACAAAUGCAGUCCAGCAAUCUGGAAUCCUUGUUCUAAAAAGGUCAUUAUUAUAGUACUUUUAAAAAAAACAAUGGAUAUAGGCAUCAUGCUCUGUGUUCAUGAAGCUAUUGUGUUAUACUGCCUUUGUAGGGGGACACUUUUUUCUUGUUACUGUGCUACUGAUAUUUGAAAACUACCAUUCCGUUAAUACAAAAACAGAAAGGACUGCUGUUGUGGAUUUGCACACCUCGCUACGUUGUAUGUUACAGUAGUGCUAGUAUUGAACGAAACUGCUGCUUUAUUUUUUGUGAUUUCCAAAAUGCUGUUUUGCGUAAAAGACAGUGCGACAAAUCUAGUGGACAAGUAUGGUGUGAGCUUUUCAACUUAGUCAAGUUUAUUAUAAUAAACGAGUUGAUGGUAUUGCAGAUGUGGAGGGCUACCAAUUUUGCAUAUCAUUUUCAUGUUGAGUAUCUAAACAAGGUAAUUGUUUUGUGCCAUAUCAUGGAUUUUUCUCUGCCAACUGCUAUCCUACACCACAUCCCUACAUGAUCACGUUAGAUGUAGACAUCCAAGAAAAUUGCUUUCUGGGUCUCUGGCUAUGUUUCUGGAGCCACAUGGAUUUCAAUUUCUCUCAAGCAGAUGUAAUUGAGCACAAAGGUAUAGUGAUAAACCAAUUAUGAACUCUUUUGUUUCCAUAUUGUAUGUGGUUUUAUUUUUAAAAAAGCUGUUUAAUUUUAAGGCACAGUGUGUCUUCAGCUAAGCUGAAUGUUGAAAUAACUUGAAAGUAAUAUGUUCUUCGGGACCCAUAACAAUGGUAUUCAGGGGAUUUUCUCAGAUAUAAGGUUAGAAAGGUAAAGAUAUCAAGGCCUCAGCAAAGGAUUUGAUAUGAUUCUGGGAUGUAUAUGAUCACUAACUGACAUUAGUCAUGUUAUUCUCAGCUAUAUAUUUCUUUUAUUGUUUAAGGCUUACAUAUUUAUGAUAUCGACUUGUUUGGUGCUUUAUUUGGGGGUUAAGAAAAAAUUAGUUGUAACUCUUCCAAAAAAUCCCUUCAGAGACUGCCCAAGACAGCAGGGAAUGAGAACGGUGGGUAUCAUUGCAUCUCACCUUGCUUUGAAGAUGCUAGAAGAUGCAAUAAUCUCUUCUCAGGUCACAAUUUAGUGCAGAAUGUUUUCAAAAUUCUAAAUCACCCCUCCAGACAACUGUUUUUUAAAACUUGGAUCAUGGAGAUACAAGUUUUUUGCUAUUCUGAUCCAUGAAAAAAUAGAUUUAAAAGGAAAAUAAAAGCACAAUAUUUAAAUUGGGAAAAGGCCAUCUAUUACAGACAUACUAGCUAGAGCCCUCACACUGUGUACAAUUUUGUAAAAUAUUUUUUUCUGAAUCGUGAUAUUCACUUUGUUGCAUGUAUAGCAAAUUAGAAACAAAUUUUGAUAUCCACAGGUUUCUUUUUGUUUUAUUUUCCUUUUUGCAGAAAACUAUGCAUGUUCUGCAGUUGUCUGGUUGCAUACCAUUAAAGCGUAAUGGUUCGGAGCCAUUAAAAUGUUUACAAGUUUUCACAUGAAGGGAUAUUGCCUCUUUUGCUGACUGACCUCAUAGGAUUUCUUUAAAAUCCUGCAUAUAUCCUUUACUUUUAGCAUAUGAAUAUUCCAAAGACAAAGCAACUUUGAGAUUAUUAUUCUCCGCUCAGUUUUUUAAUUGCUAUUGCGGCAAAGAUGUCACAGAAAGAAUGUGCACUACUAUAAGCACCAAUGCAACAGCAGCAAUGAUAGUAGGAGAACCUUUCCAGUGAAGGAGGACAGCCUCCUCCAUACAACAGCUGAACACCUCAGAAGCAACGAUCCCAAAUUAAGUUGUGAGCUGAUAAUGUGGUGAAAUGGCCAGAAAUGUAAUUAAAAUACACAGUACAAAUCUGGAAGGUUGGGGGAGUUAAGAUCUUGCUACUAUUCCUUUCUGUCACAUGGACCCUGAUUCUGCUACAGUUUUAGUGAGGGGAAGGAAGGCUGUCAGAAGAAAACACAGGCCUUUGUUACUCACUGCAUUAAAAUAGGGUGUCUAACCAUUUUCUGGCAGUACCAGUAGUAGUUAUGUCAACAUAAUUGCCUGUGUGGGUAGUAUUACUUAUAAGGAAUGAAUGAAAAAAAACCCAGCAUUUGAUUAGUUCAGUGAAUCUGUUUAACAAAACUGGUCUUAACAUUUGACUAAUUCUGCAGAUGCUGGAAUAUGGAGCUUACAUUCCCCACAGUGUAGAAAACUAACAGCAAAAAAUAUUCUACUCUACCAUUAUGACUUCACAGCUGUCAAGCUGAAACAGAUGAGGACUGUUUAAAAAUGUGUUUUUCUUGCAUUUUCUCAGAAAUCCUUUGUUUUGUUUUUUAAUAGCAGCAUUGAAUGCCCUUGCCUUUAGGAAAUAGUCAAUAGCACUGUGCAUGAGGUAGAUUCACAAUACGAUACUGGUAAUAGUUUUACUAGGGGAGGGGAGUAAGAAUAUCAUGUAGUUGAUUUUAAGCUUCUCUCUCUUACAUAAAACUUUAAAAGUUCAGCACCUUCUUGUUUUUUAAGUGUUUAAGGGAACAAAAAUGCUUGAUGAUGGAAAUAAAGUACUGUGAAUACCUAUUUUAGAACAAUUUUUUUCCAUUUGCAUUGAUGUACAGUAAUUUUUGGCUAUUUGUUUAUAAUCUUUUUUGACUUUGUGUUGAAGAAUAAAAUUACCACAUUUUUAA